AUGAAAGUUGAUAUUACUAUAGUUUCUGGAUUAACACCAGAUUCGCAUCCAAGUGUUCUUUUAACAAUAGACUCUGAUUCUUACCUUUUUGGAAUCCCUGCAGAGCUUCCUAGAAUCGCUUUGAAUGGUUUCAAAAUUGAGAGGAUAAAACAAUUUUUUGCAUUAACAACAAAUCAAGAUCAAAUGGGUGGAUUUUUAACAUCAACCAUUCAGUUCUAUAUCCCCAAAGGCAAUGAAAUGUAUGCAACGAUGCCCAAGACUGCAUAUAAAUGCUUAUUUUAUGGAGUCAUGGAUUCUUUUGAUUACAAAAAAGUUUCUUCAUUUUCCUUUGCAGACGAGAACAUAGCAAUAACACCAAUAGAAUUGAGCAAAUCAACUGCUUAUGGUGUUUCAAUAAAAGACGCGCCAGGCCAAUUUGAUAUCAAAAAGGCUAAAGAAUUGAAAAUCCAUCCAGGUCCAUUAUUUGGAAAAUUAACAAAUGGUGAAACAGUUACAUUAGAAGAUGGAAGAGUAAUCAAACCAUCAGAUGUUGUAGGAUGCCCAAGGAAGAUCGGAAAGAUGCUUUUUAUUUAUGCAUAUUGA